CGUGUCGUCGUGACGUCUACGCAAUAGCUCGUGUGGUUACCAGAGGGAAAAUACUACUGACAUUUUUCUGUAGUUCCUAGUUUCGAUACACCAGGUGGAUCUCGUAUUUAUUUUAAGGCGUUAACUUGCCUCCAAAAUAAUUAGCUUCUCAGUUAAUACAGAGACGCAUGCUUUGAAGUUAUGCUGCAGUUUGAAUAUUGUUUUAAUAUUACAGAUUUUUUAAGAUAGUAAACGUGCUUAGAAGAUGUCAACAAUGUGGAGUCUACGAAUCUCUCAUCUUGACCAAAGUAUUUAAGGUACAUCUUGCACCUGAUGCCAAUUCAGCAAUUGACAAUUACUUCCAAACCAUCUAUCUUCCAUGCCCUGAACCUGACACCCUCUUAUAAACCUGUCCCCACCCCGUCCCCCAUCAGACCUGCAGCAUUGCCAUGCUGGGCUGUCUGCUGCGUAGGAGCAUGUCUCACAGACUGAGUGUGUUUCUGGUAGUCUUCGGCCUGGCCUGGUGUCUUCUGCUGCUUCACUACACCAUCACACAACCACGGCGCCAGAGCAGCGCAGAGCUCCGCCAACAGAUCCUCGAGCUCAGCCAUCGCUAUGUCAAAGUGCUUAGUGAGGAGAACCAGAACCCUUCAGGGCCCCAUGGCAUCUCCAUGGCAGGAUAUGCUGACUUGAAGAGGACAAUUGCUGUGCUGUUAGAUGAUAUUCUCAACCGUUUGGUGAAGUUGGAGGGGAAAGUGGAGGCUGCUGUGAAUGCCUCUAUACAGAACAUCUCCCAUCCUGCUGUUGGUGCCGGCACUCUCCUUGCUGCCAGAGUCACUGUUUCCAGGUCCACCAAACAAAAUAGGUCUGCCCACCGACCAGAGAGACGUAGUAACCCUCUGAACUUCCUGUCACAAUCACCUGACAGGUCACAUAAGCCGCACUCUUUGAAAUAGGAAACUGUGGCUAUGGACAUCUUCUGCAUCACUACAUCAAAGACUGAGAUACAGAGAUAAAUAAAUAAAUAAAUGUAUAUGUAUGUGUGUGUGUGUGU